AUGGCAGACGCACUCCCCUCGCCCAUUCCCCAGCCCGAGGCAACUCACGCCGCCUCGGUCUUCACUCCAGUCAACCUUGUCCUCCUCUCGCUCUUCGGUGUUCUGGUCUACCUCCGUCUCAAGCCCUCGACUCCCCAGACUCUUCCGCGGGCUCCGCCCCCAACCGUUUUCCGCACCUUUACUCCGCCCUCGCUGUUUCCCUAUAAUGGCCUCAACAACAUGCCAGUCUACCUAGCUGUCCGCGGACGUGUUUUUGACGUCACCCCUGGUCGCAACUUCUACGGCCCUGGUGGCCCCUACGCAAACUUUGCUGGCAGGGAUGCCUCGAGAGGCCUGGCGUGCGGUAGCUUCGACGAGGAUAUGCUGACCAAGGACUUGGACGGCCCCCUCGACACUUUGGAGGGCUUGGAUGAUGAGCAGUUGGACGCACUACGAGGCUGGGAGGAGCGAUUCAGUGAAAAGUACUUGGUUGUAGGCAAGCUGGUGCCCGUAGGCCACCCGGAGGCUGAGGAGGCCAAGGCUUAG